AUGGCCGCUGCCAGCGUCUCGCAGUCGAAGCUCUCCAGAGGAAAGCCUGACCUCUACCUCAUAUCCGAAGAAGACACAGUCUACGAGCAAGAUAUCCUGCGCCACCCUGGGACCAUCAGGCCUUGGCUGGCAUAUAUCGAGUUUAAGUUUCAACAUGGAAACCUUCACGAGCAAGCUUAUGUCUUGGAAAGAGCUACCCGGCAGCUGCCACGGUCAUAUAAACUAUGGAAGAUGUAUUUGAAUCUGAGGAUGAAGCAUCUGGGAAAGUUGAAUCCCGCUAUCUUCAAGGCCGAAUAUGCGAAGGUCAACUCGCUCUUCGAACGCGCACUGAUCCUACUCAACAAGAUGCCGCGAAUAUGGGAAAUGUACCUGUCCUUUCUUCUUCUCCAGCCUCUUGUAACCUUCACGCGUCGAACCUUUGACCGAGCUCUGCGAGCCUUGCCUAUCACUCAGCACAACCGAAUUUGGGCGCUGUACCGACCAUUCGCAAAUUCGGCUUCGGGACAGACGGCGGUCGUGAUAUGGCGACGCUUCAUGCAGGUACACCCUGAAGAUGCUGAGGAUUUCAUAGAGCUGCUGGUUGAGAUGGGUCACUACACAGAAGCUGUCCAGCAGUACAUGAAUAUCCUGAACAACCCGAAAUUUCGAAGCAAGAAUGGCAAGAGUCACUAUCAGCUUUGGAGUGAAAUGGUUGACCUUCUAGUCGAGCACGCUAAAGAAGUCAAGACCGGGGAUGAUGUAGGCAUUGAUGUGGAGAGAACCAUUCGCAGUGGCAUCGAAAGAUUUGCGGACCAAAGGGGGAAGUUGUGGUCUGGGUUGGCAACGUACUGGAUUAAAAGGGGAAGCUUUGAAAGAGCGCGAGAUGUGUUCGAGGAAGGCAUUACGACAGUCAUGACAGUUCGGGAUUUCACUCUUGUUUUUGAUUCAUAUGUCGAGUUUGAAGAGGCAAUCACCGGAGCUUUGAUGGAAGAAGCUGCAGUACGCUCAGAGAAGGGUGUUGUUGAUGAAAGUGCCGACUUUGACCUGGACAUUCGGAUGAUGAGAUUCGAGCAGUUGAUGGACCGGCGUCCUUUCCUGAUCAACGAUGUCCUACUUCGACAAAAUCCCAAUAAUGUUCCGGAGUGGAAUGUUCGCGUCGGAUUAUGGGGUGAUAAUAAGAAGGAGGUGGUCAAGACAUACACUGAUGCGAUUGCCGCUGUACAGCCGAAGAAAGCUGUAGGCCAAUUCCACGAGUUAUGGGCUAAUUAUGCCAAGUUCUACGAGAAAGGGGGUGAUUUACGAAACGCCAGGGUCAUCAUGGAGAAAGCUGUGAAGGUCCCCUUCAAAUCAGUAGCUGAGCUGGCUGAUAUGUGGAUCGAAUGGGCGGAGAUGGAGUUGAGGAAUGAAAACUUCGACGAAGCCGUGAAGAUCAUGGCCAAAGCAGUUCAAGCCCCCAAACGCUCGACCGUCGACUACUUCGAUGAAACUCUUUCCCCACAGCAACGAGUACACAAAAGCUGGAAGUUAUGGAGUUUCUAUGUCGAUCUUGUCGAAAGUGUCAGCACCCUAGAAGAAACGAAGAAGAUAUAUGAGAGGAUAUUUGAACUGCGAAUUGCGACGCCCCAGACCGUCGUUAAUUACGCCAAUCUUCUCGAGGAGAACAAAUACUUUGAAGAGUCUUUCACAAUCUACGAAAGAGGUCUUGAUCUUUUCAGCUAUCCUGUGGCAUUUGAGCUCUGGAACUUGUACCUGAGCAAGGCCGUUGAUCGAAGGAUUAGUAUUGAGCGAUUGCGAGACUUAUUUGAGCAAGCAAUUGAAGGGUGCCCGCCGAAGUUUGCUAAGGUCUUGUAUUUGAUGUAUGGAAAUCUUGAAGAAGACAGGGGGCUCGCAAGACAUGCAAUGCGAAUCUACGAGCGAGCAACUCGUGCUGUCUCGGACGACGACCGCGCAGAGAUGUUCAACUUCUAUAUCACCAAGUCUGCGUCGAACUUUGGCCUUCCAUCGACAAGACCUAUCUACGAGAGAGCCAUUGCAACAUUGCCAGACGAUGAAGCAAGGGAUAUGUGUUUGAAGUUUGCCGAGAUGGAGAAGAGACUUGGGGAGAUCGACCGUGCAAGAGCUAUCUAUGGGCAUGCAUCACAAUUCUGCGACCCCCGCACCACCCCAUCUUUCUGGCAGAAAUGGGAGGCUUUCGAAGUCCAGCAUGGUAAUGAGGAUACGUUCAAGGAAAUGCUUCGUAUCAAGAGGAGUGUUCAGGCUCAGUAUAAUACUGAUGUCAACUUUAUCGCCUCGCAAGCACUCGCUCGAAGCCAACAGCAGGCAGAUGGCGAGAAUGGUGAAAAGAGUGCGGACGCCAUGGCAGCUUUGGAGCGGGAGGCAAGAGCUCCUGCUGGGUUUGUUCCGGCGAGUACGGGACCCCAAGGGGGAAAUAUCAAGGAGCCAGUCGUGGCUGCUAAUCCGGAUGCUAUCGAUGUAGAUGGCAUGGAUGAUGAGUAA